AAGCGGAGCCGGCGUCGCGGAGCGGCACUCUGACGUCACUUCCGCUGGGCGGGCUGCGGGCCAUCCCGCGCAAAUUGAAAGGUGUGUCUCUUCGAGCCCUCUAAGUUCCGCUGCUCCCGCUUCCCCAUGAGAGUCGGGGGCGUUGGAGACGGGUUUCGGAGCCCCUACCAGGCUGCCCUUCCCGAAAAGUGAGCGGAGCAGGCCGCGCGGAGACUAGGCCAAAGGAAACGUGUCUUCUGGAAUGGGCUUGCGGGCCGCUCCUCGCUCCUGCACACCCGUAUGAGAUGGAGGAAUAGGGAGGGAGGGUAAUGAAGUUGUUGCCUCAGGCGGUCUCCUUGAGAUGCUGUGUGCCACGUGGCACUCAGUCAUUCUUACUGUGCUCACGAGGAAAUAUUUAUUCGAGGAUAUUUACCUAGCUUAGAAGAAACAUGUUUCCUCAAAUGUAUACUAUGUCAGUUUUCCUCAGUGUGAAAAGAAACUCUUUAAGAGACUAAUUGUUCUCAUACUGUGGCUUGGGGACCACCUGCAUCCAAAGUACCUGCCGUGUUUAAAAUUCAGAAUCCUCCACCAAGCUCCACAGCUAGUAAAUUACGGUAUGUAGAAGUGGAGUUGAACCUGCGAACUGCUGAAAUUCGACAACUGCUGGACUAGAACAUCAGAGCUUGCUCAACGGUUAACUUGCCACAAUGGGGAUACACGGAUUACUGCAAUUUAUCAAAGAAGCUUCUGAACCCGUCCACGUGAGGAAGUAUAAGGGGCAGGUAGUAGCCGUGGACACAUAUUGCUGGCUUCACAAAGGAGCUGUUGCUUGUGCCGAACAACUAGCCAAAGGUGAACCUACCGAUAAGUAUGUAGGAUUUUGUAUGAAAUUUGUAAAUAUGUUACUGUCUCACGGGAUCAAGCCUAUUCUUGUAUUUGACGGAUGCACUUUACCUUCUAAAAAGGAAGUGGAGAAGUCUAGAAGAGAAAGACGACAAGCCAAUCUUCUUAAAGGCAAGCAGCUUCUCCGUGAGGGGAAAGUCUCAGAGGCCAGAGAGUGUUUCGCCCGUUCCAUCAACAUCACGCACGCUAUGGCCCACCGAGUGAUCAAGGCUGCUCGGUCUCAGGGAGUAGAUUGUCUCGUGGCACCUUACGAAGCGGAUGCACAGUUGGCCUAUCUUAAUAAAGCUGGUAUUGUACAAGCUAUAAUUACAGAGGACUCUGAUCUGCUCGCUUUCGGCUGUAAAAAGGUGAUUUUAAAAAUGGACCAGUUUGGAAAUGGACUGGAAAUUGAUCAGGCUCGGCUCGGAAUGUGCAGGCAGCUUGGGGAUGUGUUCACAGAAGAGAAGUUCCGUUACAUGUGCAUUCUUUCAGGCUGUGACUAUCUCUCGUCACUGCGUGGGAUUGGAUUAGCAAAGGCCUGCAAAGUACUAAGACUAGCCAAUAAUCCAGAUAUUGUCAAGGUUAUCAAGAAAAUCGGACAUUAUCUCAGGAUGAAUAUAACAGUACCAGAAGAUUACAUCAAGGGAUUUAUUCAGGCCAACAAUACCUUCCUUUAUCAGCUAGUUUUUGAUCCCAUCAGAAGGAAACUCAUCCCUCUGAAUGCCUAUGAAGCCGAUAUUGAUCCUGAAACACUAAGCUAUGCUGGGCGAUAUGUUGAUGAUUCUAUAGCUCUUCAAAUAGCACUUGGAAAUAAAGAUAUAAAUACUUUUGAACAGAUAGAUGACUAUAAUCCAGACACUGCUGCGCCUGCCCAAUCAAGAAGUCAUAGUUGGAAUGACAAAGCAUGUCAGAAGUCAUCUCGUGUUAAUAGCAUUUGGCAUAGGAAUUACUGUCCUAGACCUGAGCUAGGUAUUGUUCCAAAUGCUACAAGAUUGAAGGAAAAUCCAAGUACCGUGGGCAUCGAGCAGGUGAUUAGCACUAAAGGGUUAAAUCUUCCAAGGAAGUCAGCCAUUGUGAAGAGACCAAGAAGUGAACUGUCAGAAGAUGAUCUGUUGAGUCAAUAUUCUCUUUCAUUUACAAAGAAGACCAAGAAAAAUGGUUGUGAAGGUACCGAAUCACUGAACUCUUCCAAAAUAUUUAUUCCUGACCCGGUAGAUGGAAUUACUAUUAAAAAAAGCUUAAGCACACCGCCUACAACAAGAAAUAAAUUUGCAGCAUUUUUACAGAGAAAAAAUGAAGAAAGUGGAGCAGUUGUGGUGCCAGGGACCAGAAGCAGGUUUUUUUGCAAUUCUCUGGAUUCUAUGCACUGUGUAUCAAAGAAAGCAGAAAACCAGCCUUUAGAUGAAACUGCUGUCACAGAUAAGGAGUCCACUCCAAAUGAAGCAGAUUGUCUAGAUGGCAAGAAGCUGAUUGAUGAGAAUGUAGCAGAUUGUCUAGAUGGCAAGAAGCUGAUUGAUGAGAAUGUAGCACAUAAUUCAAGUGAUCAGAUUCCAGAGACUGUACCUGUGGUUGCCGAUGACAACUCUCAGGCUUUUACGACCAGCAAAUCUAGCAAAUUCACGAGGACCAUUUCACCACCCACUUUGGGAACCCUAAGAAGUUGUUUCAGUUGGCCUGGAAGUCUUGGAGAAUUUUCAAGAACUCCGAGCCUCUCCCCAAGCACUGCAUUGCAGCAGUUCCAUAGGAAGGGUGACUCCCCCAGCUCUCAGGAGGUAUCUGAUGUAUCUCAGGUGAAGAGUGAUGGGUCAGGUGAUGAAGCUCAUCCCUUACACAAAGUAGAUUUGUCUUCACAGUCUCAGGAAAACAUAGAAUUAUCACCAUGCAACUUAAAUGCAUCAAAACUUUCUCAGCCUUGUAAUAAGGAUUCUGAUUCAGAGGAAUCUGAUUAUAAUUUUAAGUCACUUGAUAAUCAAGGUAAUCAGAAAUCCAAGCUACAUUUAUCUCAUUCUUUGAAAAAAGACACACUCCUAAGGAACAAGGUACCUGGGCUAUAUAAAUCUAGUUCUAUAGACAAUCUUUCUACAACCAAGAUCAAACCUCUAGCACCUGCCAGAGUCAGUGGACUGAGCAAGAAGCCAGCAAGCGUGCCGAAGAGAAAGCAUCAUAAUGCUGAGAACGAGCCAGGAUUACAAAUAAAAAUCAAUGAGCUCUGGAAAAAUUUUGGAUUUAAAAAAGAUUCUGAAAAGCUUCCUUCCUGUAAGAAACCAGAUCCCCUGUCUCCGAUCAAAGAUAAUAUCCAGCUCACUCCAGAAACAGAAGAAGACAUAUUUAACAAACCUGGAUGUGCGCAUGUUCAGAGAGCAGUACUCCAGUAAACACGGGCAGCGGGGAGGCGCUCACCUGCGGAGACUUCUGUCCAUUUGAAGUCCGGUUUGGCCGUGAGGCAGUUACCAGUCUGAAAGAUUUGUUCUUGGAUUUAUGCCGUUUUUUUAAACAGUACAUUUUGUAUAUUAACUGUGUAAUCAUUUCUUACAUUUAGCUUUUUAUAUUUUCAUAAGGAGCUAACUAGAGAAAUCAUUUUAUUUUUGACAGUUUUGAGAAAUUUUAAUAUUAAUUGAGCAUGUCUCCUGGAAUUUAUAAAACUUUACUCAAAAGAUUUCUGUAACAUUGUCAAAUAUAAGGAUGGUAGAUGGAAAACCACACUCUGUAAUCCUUUUAUCCUAGGGGAAAUCAUUGCAUUUCUUUAAAUUUUUCCACCUGCCUUUCCUGUCUUUCAGGCUUGAAUUGAAAAUAAAGUUUCUGGGACAGGUGGGGGAGUUGGGAGCCUUAGAGACCAUCGCACAACUGGGACAGAGCUCUGCUACCCCUAAAGAGUGGGGUGCAGACUGACGGUAAAAGGAAGUUGCUUUUAGCCUUGUGUGAAAGGAAGUACUUCUUAUAUCAUUAACAUUCGUAAACUUCAAAAUAGCCUUUUGGAAAUAUGUCUUUAUUGAAGCAUGGGCUAAAAGUUUCUUAACAUAUGUUUAAAACGAGUGACCUGGAUGUGAUGUAAGAUGCUAAAGUGGCAAUGUCUAUAAUAUGUAUACUGUACAGAGAAAUAGGCAGACACCUGGGAAGAGAACCAGCUGUGCACAUGACGCUCUGAAGUAAGGCUGUGAAGAUCCGACCUGCAGUACAGAAUUAUUACAGAAGAUGAAGGGACCCAGAGUGUUUUAAUUUUAAAUGAGACUUAAUAGAGGAUUCUUGGAUAAAGAGGUCAGAAUGGAACAAAAAGAACAUUGUAAGAAACAGCAUAAAAUUUUAAAAAGGAAAAAAAAAAUAACCAAUCUGGAAAAGACCAAAUCCAAAGAACAGAAGCAAACAAGAAUUUUCUGUGAAUGUUUCCUGCUAGGGAACAUUAAGAAUGUUAAUCAAACAUUGUCAGCAACUGUGUAUCUUCUUACCCAUUUAAAAUGACAGAAAAGGAGUAAAACAUACUAUAAAUCCAUAAAGCUUAACAGAAGAAGAAGAGGCAUCAGGCAAGGAGACAGGUGUAUAAGUGCCAAGUGAUAGAGCAUAGGUCACUUCUGCAGUGGCAGGAGCCACAGGAGGUAGAAGUUCACAUGGGUUCAUUACCUGGAGAUGUCAUGCAUGUUCCUCUAGAAGCAAGGCUGAAAAUGGGAUUGGCUGAAAGUAUUUAAAAUUAAUGUGGAAGAAGGAGACAAUGGCAGCAGCACCAUUUUUUAAUCAAUUCCUCACAACUGGAUAGCAAAUCAAUAACCUAUGAACAUUACAACAAAUGUAGGUUACAGGAUGUCCUUAGAUCCCAAAAUAUACAGAGGUGAAGACAAGCCACCAACAGCUGCAAGAGCACAGGAUGGCACUGGCAUCUAUUCAGGAGCAGAGGGAAGGAACAGGACAUCUAGUGGACGCGAGAAGGGAACUCAAGAAUAGCCAUCGAGGCACACAGCAGGCCACGUCAGAAACGGCGUUCGAAACAGGCUCUGCCCGCUCUGCUGGUGCGUGAGUGCGAGAGCCUGCAGGAACGUCUGGAGGGCUGAAGCGGUCGAGUCCGUUUGAACUAUUGAAACCGAUUUACCAAGGCUUGCUUCUAGGAAAGAGUCCCCCACAGAAGAGAAACUGCUGGGAGUUUAACCAAAAUUAAGCUCCAGAGAGACAGUAGAGACGAAGGAAGAGAGGUUAAGACAGAAGGGGAAGAAAGAACGCUGCCGAGGAAGUUCAGCACAAUACCGUUUAUGAACACUUAAGAAACUUAAGUUCGAGAAUCUCCCAUAGGCCAUGCUUCCUUCUCAGAGUUUUAAGAAAAUUAAUUUUACUUCAAAGGAAACUACAGAAAAAAAUUAGGUCAAUCUCUUACAUAGUUACUAUAAGAAAAAAAAAGCAGAAUAACAUCUUUACAGAUCACGAAAAUCUACCAGAAAUUUCCAAAUUUCUGUUCGGUCAAAACUAGUUUGUUUGAAAAUGUGCUAAAAGUUGUUAAAAUGAUACAGGUAAAGGAAAUGUAGAAUUGGAAAACCUCAGAAAUAAGGUAAACUCAAGAAAGCAUUAGAAAUAAGUAUUUCAGAAAUGAAGACUGAACUAAAUAGGUAAAAAUCAAAAAAUGGGACAAAAAAGACAAAGAUUAGGAAGUGACAGAUAUUGAAGAUCAGAAUGGAAUGUCCAAUAUACAGAUAAUCGGAGUUUGAGGAAAAAGACAACUAUAAUUUCGGAAAACUUUACUAAUUUAAGAUUUAAGAUUAUCUCUAAAGUGUACUCUCAUACCUAAGAUUAUUGAUCCAAGCAAGACAGCCAACAGCAAGACAAAAUAGCCAGAGAAAUAGACUGAUGGUAGGCAUUAAACUUAUAGUCGCUUCUACAAUUAAAAAUUAGAGUUAAGAGAGAAAGAGUAUGGUAUGCACUGCCUAUAUGUCCAUGUGACAGGUAGUACAACAGAAAAGCGUAUCGGGAACUUUCUGUUAGCUGGUGGUAGUCUGAUAGUUUUGUUAUUUUAGGACUUGUGUGUAUAAGGUGGAUUAGAAUAAAUGAAUAUAGAAUAUUUUAACAUCCCCAGUUUGAGAACCAGGAUUCUUGGUGCGGGAAAAAGGAGAUACAGUAUACAGAAGAGGUUAAUUACAAGUUCCUGUAAUUAUGAAUUUGAAUUGGAAAUGCUAAUAGAAACUUAAGAAUAUAUAAAAUAUAUGUGAAUGUGCGUGCACUGUAUAUGUGUACAUGUGCGCACUACAUGUAUAUAUGCACAGAAGAGACCUAGAAAAAAAGUGACUAAUACUAAGGAGCAUUCCUACUACUCAGCUUACAGUCUUAAAACACCAUUUUUUUACUAAAAGAAACUAGAGCUUCUUGGAAAAACAGCCUGGCAGGAAGUGUAAAAGAUAAGCCUGCAAUAUCUUUUAAAACAGUACCUGUCACUAGUAUAGGCUGGUAUAUGAUUUCAAAGUGAUUUAGGGGCCUACUUGAAGAGCCUCCCUCUGCAAACACGGGAAAAUUCGAUCUUGAAAAAGGAUAAUUGCAAUUUAAGGAAACCCAUCAUAAAAGUAUUAUAGAUAAUCGGCCGCCUUCAGGGUGAUAGAGUACCAACUCAUCCAGAAAAUAAAGGCGAAAUAUCAAGCAUCAUCCAGAAAAUAAAGGCAAAAUAUCAAGCAUCUUCCUGUCUUUCCUCUGAACCGUACCACUGGGUAACCAAACAGCAGAUGAAGAAGAAAAAGAUCUUUUUAGUGUUCUAAUAAUGAAAAAGAAAUGAGAGAAUCUCACCAUUUUACAACUCCAGUGGAUUAAUGGAUUUAGACUUUGAGCAUCAGCUGCUGCUAAUAUCACAACAGUCGACAGACACCCAGACAUGCUAUGCCUUGAGGAAGGAAGCCAGCGCCCUCUACCGUCUCGCCAGUAGACGAGCUGCGUGUGAUCCUUGGCAUCUGCUGGCAAAGUGCAGGAGACAGGACAGGAACUUGUGAGCCUGUAGCACCAGGCUGUGCUCUGCUCAGUCCAGACUAAGUUACACGCUAAAUGCCCUAGGAUUUUCAACAGGUAGAUUGUAAGGACAGGGACGGAGGGAAAGUCCAUAUUAAAAAAUGACAAAACUAAACUGGAUCAUGUAGGAACGCAUGCUUGGUGAAAAUAGAGAUAUACAAAAAAGUGAUUACUAAAAUUUAGGAUAGUGGUUACUCUAGGGGAGGGGGAGAGCACUGAUUAGGACAAAGCACAUGUCCUUCAGGGUAUUCUGGGAGUGGCUGGCAAAGGCUUUUUUGGUGGCCUGGGUAUGUUAUGACAGGGUUUGUCUUACUUAACAUAGCUUAUUAAGCUACCCAUGUCAUGAGGUAAGCUAUUAGCCUUAUAAUAACUUAAGCCAUUUAGCUGUUUUGUGUGUUUUUUUUUCUAUUUUCUGUUUUACAAUAAUUUUUUUAUAAUAUUUUAUCAAAUUGAAGAUGUAAUUGAUUGUGAGAAGCACCAUUUUAUGUACCAUCGAAAGAAAAAAAUCCAUUAUAUUGACACUAUCGACUUUAAGACACAUUUUUUUUCAAAAUGUGACAAUGUGUACCUUAGGGUAGAUGAAAUGCAGCAGUUAGACACCACAAAUCCUGUACCUCAUGCUCAAAAUCAAGUAUCCUCACUUCCCAAAGCCUUGAAGUUUACUCUGUGGGCAGCUGGCACCAGACAGCCUCUGAUCUUAAAGGACAUGAAGCACAGCUGUGGAAAAGAAGGGGUAACGUGAAGAUACUGGGGAGGGUGAUGCCCGGGCCCAUUUUCUUACGUAGCUCCCAGUUGUCUCUCUUCUCCUUUGGGGAUUCCAGUUGCACUGUGUUGGGCUGCUCACAUCCCUCCACAGCUCUGAGUGCUGUUCACUUUCCAUUCCGUUUUUCAGUUCGGGUAAUUUCUGUUAGCCCAUUUUCAAAUUUUCCAGUCAUUGGCUCUUCCUCUCUGUUAUUGUUUGUUUGUUUUCAUUUCUAGUAUUUCUAUUUUACUCAUAGUUUUUAUUCCUCUACUGACAUCCCCCAUCUGCUCUCGCAUAUUAUCCGCCUCUUCCACUAGAACAUAUUAACCAUGACUAUUUUAAAUUCCUUUUCUACUAUUCCCAACAUCUGAAUUUGGUUCUGUAUCUUAUGUCUUUGGCACUGUUUUCUUUUUCCUUGUUUUUGCCUCAUAGUUUUUGAUUCAGUGCCAUCUCCGUUGAUACACAACAGGAGUAACAAGUGGCUGAUGUUCACGCCUGGAAGUGGCCGUGCCGCUCCUCCCGCUAGCGGGUUAGAGGGGUCUGUUAGUAGAGCCUGGUCAGGAGUUUAACUGCGUCGGGUUUGUUGCUACGAUUAUAGGCGCACCACCCACUUCAGGCUCCUCUGGUGUCACCUUGUGGUUGGGUGGGGGCUGUGGUGCCAGAAUCGUUUGGCUACUGUUGUUUUCUUCAGUGUUGCUGCUCUAACCUGUUUCCAGCCUUCCUCGUGCGCCUGUGGUUGGAAGUGCUCUCUCCCUGCCCGUGCCCCUCUCCAGCAGCUGGCUGCUGUUGCUUACAAUUUGGUGUUUAAUGACUAGAAGUAGCCGUGAGGGUAAUACUGUUAUUAAACGUGUCAAUUAUAAUAAAUUUUACAAUCCACGA